CGGAUCAUCUUGUCAUAUCAAUUGUUAAACUAUCAAAGAACUGCAUCUCGGACUAGUCGGAAAAGACUUGGACAUUCAUUUAUCAUCUUUUCUUUACUAUAUUGAAUUCGCUACCCAGAAAAUGUCGGGCUGGGGUUAUAACCAACAAGGCCAACAAGGUCAUCAAGGUCAUCAAGGCUACGAGGAAAGAUAUAGUGGUGGAUAUCAGCAACCUCCUCAGCAGUCAUGGUCAUCGCCUCCACCAUCUCAAGGGUAUAGUCAAGGACAAGGUCAAUAUCAACAACAAUAUCCGCCCCAGCAGUAUCCCGGUGGCCCACCUCCAGGUCAAUAUCCCCCUCAAGGACCGCCACCAGGGCAAUAUCAAAACCAGCCCUAUCCAUCUCAACAACCACCACCGGGACAGUAUGGACAACCCCCGGCACAUCAGUAUUCCCAGGGAGGCCCCCCACAGCAUCAAUAUCCUGGCCGCCAUCCACCGCCCUCGGGACCUCCGCCGCCCGGACUAGAUCCUUAUGGUUACCCCCAAUACUCCGGUCAGCAGGGCUACGGAGAUCAUCGCCGAGACGGCCCCCCUCCGCCAACGGCUCCACAGCAGUUCGGUCACGGAGCCCCCGAGGGAUACACUUUCCAGUAUUCCAAUUGUACCGGAAAACGCAAGGCAUUGUUGAUUGGCAUUAAUUAUUUUGGUCAAAAGGGCGAACUACGUGGUUGUAUCAAUGACACCAAGAACGUCUCCCAGUUUCUCAUGGAGCGCUACGGAUACAAGAGAGAAGAUAUGAUUAUCUUGACUGAUGAUCAGCAAGAUCCUAUCUUGAUUCCUAAUAAGGCCAACAUCCUUCGAGCCAUGCAAUGGCUUGUUUCUAACGCUCGGCCUAACGACGCCUUGUUCCUCCACUACUCAGGUCAUGGCGGACAGACUAAAGAUGAAGAUGGCGAUGAAGAAGAUGGUUACGACGAGGUUAUCUACCCUGUCGACUACGAAAGGGCCGGUCACAUUGUCGACGAUUACCUUCAUGAGAUCGUCAUCAAACCUCUUCAGGCAGGAGUGAGGCUGACGGCCAUCUUUGAUUCGUGCCAUUCCGGCUCAGUUUUGGACUUGCCUUACAUCUACUCGACCAAGGGUGUCUUGAAAGAACCUAACCUUGCGGCUGAAGCUGGACAGGGGCUCCUUAAGGCAUUCUCCUCUUACGCCUCGGGCGAUGCGGCCGGGGCAGCCAGCGCCAUCUUCAACUUCGCUAAAACCGCGUAUAGGGGAGACGAUGGAUACAAGAAGACCGUUCAAACCAAGACCUCACCUGCAGAUGUCAUUAUGUGGUCCGGUAGUAAGGACGAUCAAACAUCUGCGGACGCAACAAUUGCAUCCCAGGCAACCGGAGCGAUGUCCUGGGCUUUUAUCACGGCGAUCAAGCAAAAUCCAAAGCAGAGCUAUGUCGAACUUCUCAACAGCAUUCGCGACGUACUAGAGACCAAGUAUUCGCAGAAACCGCAGUUGUCUUGUAGUCAUCCUCUUGACACGAACCUCCUCUUCGUAAUGUGAAUUAGGAUAAUGUCAAAAUAUUGAGUCCGGUAUCCAGAUAGUUGGCUAUUACUAGCAAAUAGUAAUGCGGAUUUGAAAAGGAAUCAUGUCAAUGAGGUUGAAUGUUAUGAAAUAUUAUGAGGAGCUGUGGGUCAAUUCAAUAAUUCCGCAGCAUUGCGAAUUAUUGCGAAACUAUUACAUUCUUCCGUGCGAUUUUAUUGGUGACUGCGUACAAUAUCACCAAGGCAUUUCGAUGAGGUAUGCAUGGUUAGUCAUUUGGAAUCAUACAAGCAGAAGGCAAUCUUCUAAAAAGAGAGUUUCUACCUUGGAUAAAAGGUAUUGAUAUGGUAGAAUAAUGUCAAUGUCUCUGUUGCAUGCAGGGGUUUAUUCCGCACCCGAUCACGAAUAUCUCAUAUCC